CCUUCUCUCACACAUUUGCUGCUCUCACAUGCCCUCUAACUUGGAUAGCACACAGUCUCUCAAACACCAAACUCUUCCAUCAUAAACUCUUACUGCUGCUUGUAUAUCGUUUAGUUUCUGAUAGGUUAACACACAAAUCUGGCACUGACCAUUGCUUGAAGAUAGUUUGUAAAAAGAAGAUCUUCCAGGUGACCUGACCUGUGCGUCCAGCUUCAUCCGACUUCAGAAGGAUCCUUGGCGGGUAGGAAUUAAGGCACCACACUGACCCGCCAUGUUUCUGGUUCUGGUGGUUACAGAGGAGCUGAGGGAGUUCCUGGCCCGGGCACGAAGUGGAACCGGUCGCCUCAUCCAGGUGUUGAUCAGAGACGAGCAGCUGGUGCUGGGGGCAUAUAGAGAACCGCGUCAAAACUGGGAAAAAGACUAUGACCACUUCCUGCUCCCCCUGCUGGACCCUCUCGAGCCCUGCUACAUUUUAUACCGGUUGGACUCUAAGAACGCUCAAGGCUAUGAGUGGCUCUUCAUCUCCUGGUCACCUGACCAGUCUCCUGUCCGACAAAAGAUGCUGUAUGCUGCCACUCGUGCCACAGUUAAGAAAGAGUUUGGUGGUGGACACGUCAAAGAUGAUAUGUUCGGCACAGUUGAGGAGGACAUUUGUCUUCAGGGCUACCUGCGACAUGUGACUUCAUGUUCUGCACCAGCACCCUUGACUGCGGCCGAGCAGGAGCUACAGCGAAUCAAAAUCACAGAGGGCAGAGUUAAACAGGUGAAAACUGAGAUCAGUGUGGACCCCAAACAUCAGACUCUGCAGGGUCUUGCCUUCCCGUUACAGGCUGAGGCCAAACGUGCUCUAAAGCAGCUCGCAGAGAGACGCAUUAACUACAUUCAACUAAAGUUAGAUACAGAGAAGGAAACAAUUGAACUCGUGCACACCAGCCCGACAGACAUCCGUGAUCUACCCUGCCGGAUCCCCCUGGAUACACCCAGAUACCACUUCUUCCUUUACAAACAUUCACAUGAGGGAGACUACCUCGAGUCUGUGGUGUUCAUAUACUCCAUGCCAGGAUACAGCUGCAGCAUUAAGGAAAGGAUGCUGUAUUCCAGCUGUAAGAGUCGACUUCUGGAAGAAGUAGAGAGGGACUUCCACUUAGAAGUGGCUAAAAAGUUGGAGAUAGAUAGUGGAGAGGAGCUGACAGAGGAAUAUCUGUAUGAUGAGGUCCAUCCUAAGCAGCAUGCCCAUAAGCAAGCGUUCGCCAAACCUCGUGGUCCUGCUGGGAAGAGGGGAAACAAACGUCUAAUAAAAGGAGGGGGAGAGAAUGGUGGAAACAGCUAGGAAGGACAGAGAGUGAGAGAGAGAGACAAAUGAACUUCAGUAGUACCCUAAAUGUUCCACAGUUCCAUUUUUCCACCUGUUUGCAGGCUAAUUUGUGCAUCCUGCAGUUAGAGUGAAAAAAAAAAUGGAAUUCUGUGCUCAGUUGUUGUUAAUUUUGAUUUUUUUUUUUUUUUUUUUUUUUUUUUUUACUUUCUUUGGCUUGUAUUUAAUCAAUGUUAUCAGAUGCUUAUUCAUUUGGUGUGUUAAUGUGCAUAUAUUUAAGAGAAAAACUCAGGAAUUAAUUUUGUCUCUGUAAAAUUUUCUGAGCAUAUUUUUGUUACAUAAUCUCGUACAUGCAUACACAUUCAACUCAACAAAAUUUUAAGCAUAUUAAAAGUGUUUAUUGUAAAGAUGGUAGAUCGCUCUUAUUUUAAGUGUUUUUUAAAAGUCUAGAAAAGAAGUUUUGUCCAAGAAGCUUUUUUUUUUUUUUAAACUGAAGAAACUGUCACAAGUCCAAGAACCUACAGCCAUUUCAUAGAAAAAGGCACAUUUAAAUAUACUGUACAUGUAUAUAUCAGAACCAAAUGUGACAAGCAGACAGAAUGUUAUACUUGGCAUUUUUGUGUCAAACAUCAACAUUUUUCCAGCAUUGAAAAUAUGAAUGUCUAAUUGUGUGAAUAGUUCAACAACUAGCAAUUGAAAUGUUUAAAGUCAUCAUGGUAAGCAGAAGGUAAAGUUGUAUCUAAACAAAAACAUGUUUAAUUGGUUUAGUGAAUUUUAUUUAUGGUUGCCCUGGACUUUGUUGACAUGGAUCAUUUAUAUUUAUUUAUUUAUUUUAUUUUUUUGUUUGUCAGUGAUUAGAGUGAAAGGUCAUACACAAGAUAAAAUAUGUAAUGAAAAUACAUUUUAACAAUCAGUAAAUGAAAAUCUAAGCCCUCUCUUGCAUUGUUUAUGAAUAUACUGGUGCAUAAAUAAAAACAACUUUCACUGAGUGGUGGUAAUUAUUAUUUGGUAAAUCAAGAUCUUUUGAUAAAUUAAGUAAAAUCACAAAAGAAAAGAGGGCAUCCAUGCAAAAUACUGCAAUUUACAAUGCGAUACCCCUUAGAGCCUCUAGAUGGCAGUAAAAACAAGCGUUCAGAAUAAAUUCUCCGUCAGAAACACUAAUAAAUCAAGUGCCUACUAAAAUAUAUCAGUUUUGGGGAAGUUCCACAUACACAAAGAAGAAAUGGUCAGGGUCCAAGCCAAAUUUCAUUCACUUUCUCCAGGACAUCAAGGACUACAUCACUUGUUUGGAGAACAUUGUCAAUAAAAAAGCAAAAGAGACUUGUAAUAUUUUUUUAAUGACUAUAAUUUUUGAUUAAUGAAUGGAUGUUCUGUACACUCUGGCAUUUUUCUGUACAUUUCUGUAUACUUUGAUUUGUUAAUAAAUAAUAAAAAUGA